AUGUUUCUGUUCUUCUUCUCGUCCCUCUUCCUCUCUCUCCUCCUCUCUGUCCUCGUGCACUCCGCGUCCCUCGUCCCUGUUGCAAUUCUCCACCGACAAGAUGGCAACCACGACGGCGACGGCAAUCCAGAGCAGCCACCCAAAGCAGUGUCGGUACUGACAUGGGCCAAUUCGCGCAGUCCCAUCAUCCCCAUGGAUUUCUCCGCACAGCAACCCGAGACAAUUCGCUUGUACCCCCUGAGCAACUACACCUUCGGUACCAAGGAGACUCAGCCCGAGGAAGAUCCCUCCGUGCCAGCUCGCCUCAAGCGCCUGGAGGAGCAUUAUGAGCUCCACGGCAUGCGCCGCACCUGCGAGGGCGUCCUCGUCUGCCACGAACACAACCACCCCCACGUUUUGAUGCUGCAGAUAGCAAAUGCAUUCUUCAAACUCCCUGGUGACUACCUCCCUCACGACGAAGAGGAGAUCGAGGGCUUCAAGAAGCGCCUGAACGAGCGCCUGGCCCCCGUAGGAUCGCAGUUCUCCGGCGAGGGUGUCAAUGAGGAUUGGGAAAUUGGUGAUACGCUUGCGCAGUGGUGGCGCCCCAAUUUCGAAACCUUCAUGUACCCGUUCCUGCCAGCACACAUCACCCGGCCAAAGGAGUGCAAGAAGUUGUACUUCAUCACCCUGCCGAAGAAGAAGGUCCUCUCCGUCCCCAAGAACAUGAAGUUGUUGGCGGUCCCCCUCUUCGAGCUGUACGACAACUCGGCGAGAUACGGCCCCCAGCUCUCCGCGAUCCCGCAUUUGCUGUCGCGGUACAACUUCGAGUUCGUGGACGAGAACGACAACGUUGUCGCUGUCACCCCCGGCACUCCGUUGUCAGCGGACCAGAUCCCGCGCACCAAGGUGCUGGCGGGCGGUGAUGAGGAGGAUACGGGGAUGAUCGAUGUCGGCGAAGGGGAGAAGUGA